CUCCAUACUACUACUAUCCAUUAUAUUGUUUAUUAUUAUUAUUUUGGUUUUAAAUUGUACAAUUUGUAAGAUGCCAACGGCAGCGUCGAUCUCCGACGUCGUUGAAUUCGAACACGUGUUCAGGUCCUUCGACAAGGACGGCGACGGAAGGAUCUCCGCCGCCGAGCUGCGAUGCUACAUGAGCGCGACGCUCGGCGAGGAAAUCCCAGCGGAGGACGCCGCGGCGUUGGUGGCCUCUGCGGACGCCGACGGCGACGGUUUACUAGACGUGGAUGAGUUUACGAGGCUGGCGAAGUUCGCGGACGGCGAGGAGGGGGAGAGGAUUGAGAGGGAGUUGAGAGAGGCUUUUGGGAUGUAUGAGAAUGAGGGGGAGGGGUGUAUCACGCCAAAGAGCUUAAGAAGGAUGCUGAGUAGGUUGGGGGCAUCGAGGGGGGUAGAGGAGUGCAGGAAUAUGAUUCGUAGGUUUGAUAUUGAUGGGGAUGGGGUGCUAAGUUUUGAGGAGUUUAGGAUUAUGAUGAUGGUUUGAGCCUUUGAGGUGUUCUCCAUAUAUAUAUGGAUUGGAUUCAAGGGAUUUUUGUAGUAUAUAUAGGUUGAAGAUUGUGAUUAGUGUGAUUGGAUUAGUAGAGAUUGUUCUUUUGUUUUCUUUAUUUAUUUCAAAAUGUAAUUAUCAUUGGUGUGUAGUGCUUAA